AUGGUAAUGAAACUGGAAACCGUACUGACGCAACAGGUUGAGCGCGAGGGGGUGAACGGGGAAGGGGGGGCGGGAGAAUACAUAUUUUUUUUUAAUGUUUCCAGCUCCUCAUUACCUCAGCCAUAUGACACCAUUGUGGUUGGUAUGGGCUCCGCUGGCACUACUGCAGCGUCCACCCUAGCUAGGGCUGGCAGAAGAGUGCUGGCGCUUGAAGCUCAGGACAGGAUCGGUGGCAGAGUGAAGACUAUUCCAUUUGGAGACGGAACAGUGGAAGAAGGAGCUGAAUGGUAUGGACUUUAUAAUACCUACAACAACGGCCCAGGGUUGCCAAACCUCGAUAUAAAACUGAACACAGAGGUAACACAAAUAAAAUGGCCGCGGGAUGCCUCUGGUAAUGUCGAGGUUGUGUGCAAAGAUGGCAGCACUUACACCGCUAGUAAUGUUAUUGUAACUGUCUCACUUGGUGUGCUGAAAGAGAUGAUAAAUUGUUUCAGAUCAUCGUGGUACUCUAAUCCGUACGUCCGCGGCGCCUACUCCUACGACAAUCUGCAGACUCCACUACACCCGCACAUACGAGACGACCUGGCCGCUCCUCUGGUGGAUGCGGCUGGAACACCCAGGGUCCUGUUCGCCGGAGAAGCCACCUCCAGGAUCCACUUCGCUACAGUCCAUGGGGCGAGUGAGACGGGCAAGAGAGAGGCAUUACGUUUGUUGCAGACUUCAAUAAAUGUUUGAUAGAGCUUGGUUAUUUAAUAUGAAUAUUAAGGUCUCAAGUAGUGCAAUGAUAUCGCGGGAUAUUCCAUUAAAUUUUCCAAUAAUACAAAACACGGCUUCAAUUGAAAAGCACUAAGUCUGGCUUUCAUCAACUAACUUUAACAAUAACAAACAUGUUAAUGUAACGGUUAAGCAAAAAAAAUGUUGCACCAUUUGAAAAUUUUUAGAUGACAUCAUAACUUUAUCUGUAACCGUAACCGUCCAAUCUUCGCCGGUUAAAGCUAUUGUUAAGGUUAAAUAACUUCGAUUAUAUUCACACUAAUAUCCCCUAUCUUUAUAAAUCAUUCGAAAAUUA